AUGUUAGACAAUAGAAGUUCUCUAAUAAGUUCCUAAUAAUAUUUCUAAUAGGUUUCCUAAUAAAUUCUCAAAAAAAUGACUAAUAAAUUAUAAACAAAUUAUCGAAUAAAAUAUCAUACAAAUUAUAGAAUAAAAUAAGGAAUAAGUCACCAAUCAAAUAUAAAAUAAUAAAAUCUAUAGCAAGAAGUCAAAUAAAAUUAAUCAAAUGUAUUAAUUUUAAACAAUCACCAUUAUUAGAAUAUGGAGAUUUACUUUUCUUAUGUAUAAAAGUAAAAGUAAAAGAACAUUUUUCUUAUUCUCUAAGACAAGGUUAGUUAUUAUCCGUAAUAGAAUUAUAUAAUCAUGAUAAUAAUAAGGGAUGUUUAGCUUAGAUAUAUACUGGAGAAGGGAAAACGUUAAUAGUAGCGAUGUUGA